GAACUAAGUUGGUAGCAAGCUUGAACCAAGUCGAUGUCGUCUUAAGCUUGCAUAAUUGUUGGAGUGGAAGGCAAAUGCUGAGUAGAGAAAGGGACAAGGGGAUUACAGACAGUUUCUCUGUCAACGUUGGAGGCCGGCAGCAGCGGCGGAUCCAUUAGCGGUGCGAUUGGACAACAUUCCAGAAGUCUGAUAUUCGGAUCUGCGUAUCGACAAGAUGACGGGAGGGGGUUACAUACCUACUGGACCGGAAGACUUCGAGCUGGAAGAACGAGGUCAAUCAUCCAGCUCGACUUCACAUCAUGCUGUUCAGUGGAUAGGCAAACCCAGCGUCAAAGGACCAAAAUGGGCACGCCUACCGUUGUUGACGGUCGGCAUGCUGGGGAUUCAGUGCGUCUGGUCGAUUGAAAUGGGAUAUGCCUCUCCUUUCCUGCUCGACCUUGGCCUGUCGAAAUCCUACAUGUCCCUCGUGUUCAUGGCAGGUCCUCUGUCUGGCCUCAUCGUUCAACCGCUAGUCGGAGCAUUCGCCGACCGAUCAAGAUCUCGAUGGGGUAGAAGAAGACCAUUCAUGAUUGCAGGCUGUACAAUUUGUGUAUUCGCCAUGAUGCUUCUUGGCUGGUCCAGAGAAGUCGCUGCCUUGUUCGGGUUCGGAAAUUGGAUGGCCAUCUUUCUCGCGGUUUCCUCCAUCUACAUGAUUGAUUUCAGUAUCAAUGCGGUGAUGAGCACGGACAGAGCGUUGAUCGUGGAUUCUUUGCCUCCAAAAGAACAGGAGGAAGGGAGCGCAUGGGGAGGUAGGAUGAAUGGCUUCGGCGGUUUAGCAGGGUUCUUUGUUGGCAAUUUGGAUCUUCCGCCUGUACUGCCCUUCCUUGGCAAGACUCAGCUCCAAAUCCUCUCUUUCAUCACUAGUGCCAUUCUCAUGACCGCUCAUUUCUUCACCUCAUGGGCGGUGACAGAACGUGUGCUCUUACGUGACGAUCGCCCUCAGAAGAAUGGUCUCUUCAGCAACCUGAGAGCUAUUUGGGACAACCUGUUUGCUUUACCACCGGGAAUCAAAACUGUCUGCACAAUCCAGUUCUUUGCGUCUCUCGGAUGGUAUCCCGUGCUCUUUUUCACUACCAUCUGGGUCACCGAAGUCUACAAAGCGUCUCACCCAGAACUCGAUCCGUCCGAUCCGGAUGUCGGCGCGGCAGCCGUCAGAGCGGGAGCUCGAGCUUUGUUCUGUCAAGCUGUCGUCAAUAUUAUCUGCGCCAUGACGAUCCCGAUCCUAGUCGAGUCAUCCGGCGUCCUGCCGUCUGACCAGAGACUAGAGUAUGAAGCUCUGAAUGGGAAUGGUCAAACGCUUGAUCAGCCCUCGACUCCGGGAUCCGCAACCUGGAAGAGGAUGCAAGAGGAACGAGGAGCUUCGGGUCGCCUCCGACUCGCCAUAAGUUGGAUCAGAGACGUGUUCGAUCGAGCUAGAUCUGGUCAAGGAGUGUUCCCACUGAAAGGAUUGACCUUGAUGAAGGUAUGGGUCGCUGCUCAGGCUUGGUUUGCGUUGGCGAUGCUGGGCUCAUGGUUCGUGACGUCCCCAUUUGGCGCUUACCUCGUCAUUGGGUCUACCGGAUUCUCAUGGGCACUGUUCCAAUGGGCUCCGUUCUGUCUGCUGGGCGAGUUAAUCCUACUAGAAGGCAACGUCGAUAGGUCUGGUCCACGGUCGAAGUAUGAUCGUCGACCAGGAUCGCCAAGAGAUGACUAUGAUCCUGAGGAGUCUCCUACACCGCUUCACGCCUCUGUCAUUCCUGAGUCUAUCUCCAUAGUCCGACCUGCACCUCAACAUCCGCAUCCCCACAAUUCCUCUCAAAUCAGUCCUAGAGAAUCUCAACCUAGCUCAUCUCGUCCCUCGCUCUCCGACGAUCAUGUCACUUCAGCCCGUUCCAGACGUUCAAGACCCAGCUCUUUGGACCUCAAGCUGAAUACUCCGGCGAUGGAUACGAGCGGAGAUGGCUUAACUCCGCUCAUACACCAAAACGAUACAGUCGGCAUUGACCAUACCGAGACAUCCAUUGUCAUCCAUCAUGGCGAUUCCUCCGACUCGGAUUCAGAAUCCGACGCAUCACCCUAUCGACCAAGUUCACCUCGAUCGCCUAUCCCAGGUCAAGCGGGCAAUGAAAUCGGUGAUAAAGCAGGGAUCAUACUGGGUAUACAUAAUCUUUUUCUUGUCUGUCCUCAAUUCCUCGUCACGUUUCUCAGUUCAAUCAUCUUCGCCUUGAUGGAAGAUUCAAAUCCAUUACCAACCCAUCAUCCCAAUUCGAACCCUGUCUUAGGAAUCAAUGGUACAGGAUUGGAUUCAGGGAUGGUGGCGGAUCCCGCAGGACUAGGCUUUGACGAGGAUGGGCUAGUGAGAGACCUCAGUCGCAGAGCAGAGGCCAUAGGCACGGAUGAGUCGUCUCCAGCGGCAGUCGGGUUGAUAUUUCGUAUCGGCGGGGUAAGCGCGGCUAUCGGGGCUUUCAUAUGCUGGCGGUUGAUGCGCCAAUUCGCACGCGGAGAAGGGAUAUGAGGGAGGAGGCACGGCGCCUUGGUCAUCGCUGGUCAUCAGGACAUGGAGUAGCAUAUAGACUAUGGGGCUGAGGGUGCGCCUCACACCAUCUGUAUUUGUUAUCGUAGUAAUGCAAUCAGUGUUGCACGUC